AUGACUCGAGCAAUUGGUUACCUGGCGGUCGCCGGCCUGUUGCGCACUGCCGCUGCUGGUCUCUACCCCGGACUGACCACUGCCAACCACACCUGUGGCCUCGUUGAGCCCGUUCUCUCCUGCUCUUGCGAUGCAGUGCCGGAGAAGGUCGACACCUGCUGUGUCGAGACUUUUGGUGGUCUUGUUAUGGCGACUCAGUACUGGAACACCUAUACGGGCCUAGAGAGCGAGGGACAAAAGCUUCCCCAAGACCAGUGGACCAUUCACGGACUGUGGCCUGACUUCUGCAACGGCUCGUACACGCAGUAUUGCGACCUCAAACGUCAAUACGACCCCCUCCCCUCGCCUAACACCACUAACGGCAAGCCUGACGGCACUCCUGUCCCUGCUUAUACUGGAACCCCCAUCGACAACUUCAUCACUCCUUUUGAGAAGUUCGACUUGCUGGCGUACAUGAACAAGUACUGGAUCGCACAGUCCACCCCCAACUGGGUCCUUUGGGCCCACGAGUUCUCCAAGCACGCCACCUGCUUCAGCACCUUCGACGUUGAGUGCUACGGCCCCAAGUACCAGGAGCACGAAGAGCUCGUCGACUACUUCGAGACCGCCAUCGAAUACUACAAGCAGACCCCGACCUGGAAGUGGCUCGCCGAGAAGGACAUCAAGCCCUCCAACGCGUCCGCCUACUCCCUCUCCGCUAUCCAGGCCGCUCUCACCGAGGGCCACGGUGCUCUGCCCUACGUGGGCUGCACCGGCCCCCGCUACAACACCACCGAGGCCGGCAAGGGCUCCCUUGACAACGGCUUCACCCAGCUCGGCGAGACCUGGUACUACUUCCACGUCUACGGCAGGCCCCAGCGCGUCCAGGGCGUGCCGGUCGCCGCCGACAGCAACGGCGGAAGCGUAUCCAACUGUGCCAAGACCGAGGGUGCCGUUUGGUACUACGAGCGUGCCGAAGGAUCUCUGCAGUAA